CUCAUGUUUUCCUUUAAUAUGCUUAAACUUACAAGCGUUACCUUUAACUAAUAACUCUGCUGCUCCUGUUGUUCCAGCUAAACUUAAAGAUUAAGUUUGUGAGUUUGUGAUUCAUUUUAAGGAGAGUGGGCGAGGAUAGUGAGGAAGGAUUCAAGGAAAACUGCUAGGAAUCGAACGGGACCAGCAGGGCAGCUGUGGCGGAAACGUCGAGCUUGCGGAGAACAGUCCUGUAUUUCUCCAUCCAUCCUUCCCUGUGCAGACGCUGAGCAGCAUGUUCACAGAGGUGCUGGUUGCUCUGGUGAUUGGAGGACUGAUCUUCUUCCUGAUUCAGAGGAGCAGGACCCAGGUUCUAAAGACAGAGGAUGGCUGGUGGGGACCCGGGAUAACCCCUGAUGGUGUGGAGGACGUCACCAUCCACCCCUUUAAAGUCACCACCAGUGAUGAAGAGCUGGAGGACCUAUACCGAAGGAUAGACCAGACUCGCCCUGUCCCUUCACUAGAGGAUAGCCAGUUUAAUUAUGGCUUCAAUUCCCAGUACCUGCAGAAGGUGGUCUCUUACUGGAGAAAUGACUUUGACUGGAAGAGACAAGUUGCCAAACUCAACCAGUAUCCCCACUUCAAAACCAAAAUCGAAGGCAUUGAUAUCCAUUACCUGCAUGUGAAGCCCAAGAAGGUGCAAGAGGGAACUACUGCAAUUCCUCUGAUAAUGGUUCACGGCUGGCCUGGCUCCUUCUAUGAGUUCUAUGGAUUGAUCCCUCGGCUAACAGAACCAUCAGACCCAGAGGACCUUGUGUUUGAGGUGGUGUGUCCCUCCAUACCAGGGUACGGUUUUUCUGAAGCGCCACAUAAGAAAGGUUUUGAUUCAGUUUGUGCGGCACGCAUCUUCCACAAACUGAUGAAGCGUCUGGGCUUCCAGCAGUUCUACGCUCAUGGAGGAGACUGGGGCUGGCUGGUCACCACCAACAUGGCCCAGCUGGAGCCCAAGACAGUCAAAGGCUUGCAUGUGAACUUUGCCCCGCCCUCCAAGCCAGGGUUGCCCAUCGUUUUAUCCAUCAUGCUUGGCCGUCGUUUCCCUCAGCUGUUUGGCUUCACUGACUUAGAUAUUCAGCGUCUCUUCCCCUGCACGGAGAAACUGGUGGUGGAGCCCAUCAAAGAGUCCGGCUACAUGCACAUCCAGGCCACCAAGCCUGACACCGUGGGUCGAGGACUGAAUGACUCUCCAGUGGGUCUGGCGGCAUACAUUCUGGAAAAGUUCUCCACGUGGACGAGCCAUGACUUCAGGAACCUGGAGGAUGGAGGACUCACCAGGAAGUUCUCUCUGGAUGAUCUGCUGACUAAUGUGAUGAUCUAUUGGACGUCUGGCUGCAUCGUCUCCUCCAUGAGGUUCUACAAGGAGAACUUUGGCAAGGGCCUCAACCAGCCUCACUCGAAGAUGCCGGUGUACACCCCCACCGGCUUUGCCUGCUUCCCCAACGAGCUGAUGCACACUCCCAAACUUUGGGUUAAACAGAAAUACCGUAAACUCAUGACCUUCACGCACAUGGCCCGCGGCGGCCAUUUUGCUGCCAUGGAGGAGCCCCAGCUGAUGGCCGAGGACAUCCAGAACUUCACUAAGACGGUGGAGAAGAAGGAGAAGAUAUAAAAGGGGGUGUACUCACAGACAGAUAAAUAAACUAAAAGUAUGAUAUAGAAGUAUUGAAAGCCAGAUGGAUGAAUGGAAAUAAACUGGAACACUGUGGUGAGCAGCAGUAGUAGACGUGGUGAUUCCAGAUAGAGAAGUAAGCCCUGUGUUUCUCUAUGAGGUGGAAUACAUGACAUAGUAUAGCUCUAUCAGUGAAAGUCCUGAUCGUACUUCUUCAGGAUUAAGCCAGUCUUAGGCAGUAUAAAGUAAAAUAAUAAAGAAGUAUAACAGACAGAGCAAAAGGUGAAUUCAUUGGAUUUGUUGACCGCAAAUUGUGGCAAUUCCUUAGUUUGCAAUAGAAAUGGACAGAUAGUGAGAAGACCUGGGUUGUACAGUAAUAACAAAAACAGAUGUUACUUUUUAGACGUCUAGGCCUUUCACUUUUAAACUCUUAAACAGUACACACUUUUAACAUGAAGAGCAUAUUUUCACAGCCUUUAAUACUAAUUCAAAGUACUAUUUAAGCUAUGUAGAAAAUGUUGUAAAAAGGUUUCAUCACAGUGUGUCAGUCACGUGCUGUGCUGUGGGCUUGAUCAGCAGCCACAUCACUAGUCCCAGCAAAACCACAGCUACAUGUGUCCGUGCCGUUUAAAGCCAGGAACACAGAAACCAGCGGCCAUUCAUUCUGUCUCCUGCCUUCCUCAAAACGUUCCUCAGCCUUGUAGUCUUGAACAGUUUACUAAGCAGCUGCAGAUGGGAGGUCAGAGGACACUUGUUGUUAUUGUGUUGACAGGCUGACAAGGUGCCAGGCAUUCCUCUGACUGAUAACGUGAAACCACAACAAUGCUGCCAUGUCAUCGACCAUUUCCAUUGAAUAGCACACUGCUGCUGCAACCACAGCCGCCUUUGAUUUAUGUGCUAGUGAUCGUAACGUGCACCAGCUUUACAUUUAGUCGCGUUGAUUGACUUUGAUUUGCUACAAAGACUAGAAGCACUGGGUGCUUACAUUGAUGUAAGCCUCCUCUAAAGCUCCAAGUGUAAUCCUCAUGAGGUUAUUGAUAUUCAGUGCUUUUAUGCAUGCAUUUACUUACCAAUUCAGCUUUAGGGGCAUGAUAGCCCAACAUGAGAGUAACAAUCCUGAAGAAAGAGUCAAAUCAUUAUCAGUGCUCAUCAUGUUGAUCUUGAAGUUGACAAGCUUUGUCUGAAGAUGAUUUUCACAAUAUGGGCAUCCAGAAUGUGUAGCUGGUAAUGCCUUGAAAUACUAUUUUAUUUCACAAUAAAAUGCCCAAAUCAGAUCUUUCUUUGACAAAAUAAAAUGAAGUCUGAGCACUGCA